AUGUCCUCUGCAACGCUACACAUAGCGGUACCGAAACAUGGAGCAACCGACAGAGAACAUCCUCUCGUCUAUCCCGGAAACGACAUCGACUCUUCCUCCUCAGAUGCCUCGUCCCGACCUUCGAAUGCUCCGUCCGCUUAUGCAGCGGUCUCCCGAGCACUCGCUGGGGCGCUCGCGUUCAUGUUCAAGCGACCGGUCCGCUUGUUCCGUCCUGUCAAGAUCUCGACCUGGGCUGGGAUACAGGCGAUAGCCGAGGAGCAGGGGAGAAGCGUAACGCCCGGCUUUGUGCGCGGUCUCUUGCGGAAAGAAGGCUGGCGCUUCUUCCCGAAACACGUUCUCCCGCCUCUCGCUAUCAACGCAACGAUCGGCUUGACCUUGUUCACAGCAUAUACGUCGCUCCUCACUCCCCGCUUCGACUCUCCCGCCGCCAGCUUCCUCCUCAUCCCCUUCAUCUCCGGCUCGCUCGCCGGUGCCGCGCAAUCCCUCAUCUCUGCGCCACUCGACAAUGCCCGCCUCCUCCUCUUACGGCGACAGCGCUUUCUCCGCCUUGCGAAAGCCGACUCUCGCAAUCCUCGCCUUCGCCGCCUGCACGCUUUACGACUCGCUACAUCGGCAGCGGGCACGCCGUUCGUCUCUUGGUGGGGUCUCCUACGAGACGCCGUCUUCCAGUCAGCUCGAACCGCCGGUCUCGGCGGAGCAGCCGCGACGACCGCUCGCGAGCGCCUCGAGCAGGGGCGACGAUGGGCGCGACGAGGAUGGUCGCUUUUCGGACUGAGUCUUGUGAAGGACAGCGUCGGCUUUGGCAUCUUCUUCGUCAUCUUCGAAGUUGGUCGCGAGGCGAGUCGGAUUGCGGGCCUGAAUUGGGACGGGAUCGACCCGCACAAGGCGGAAGACGCGGAAGAGAAGCAGAGGCGGACGCCGACUGGACUCGUCCUGCAGAGCCUCGGCAUCCUCAUUUCGGGCGGUAUCGCUGGAUGGGUCUUCUCGAUCAUUGCGCGGCCGUUCGAGCGGAUGAGGGGCGCGAUCUGGGAAGGCCGCUCGAAGUGGGCAGAGAAGGAUGGACGGCUCAAGGUCAUCGAGGAGCUCGCUUUGGCAGGCACGGACGCUUCGACACGCUCGGAGCAGCACGUGGGGGCGACGCCGCAGAGACGACGACGAACUUCGGCUGGCGGAGCGAGCGAACGCAGGGCGAACGACCAGCUGGGACCGACCGGCCGAAAGGAGUUCAGGGUUCGAAUAGGCCGCACUCGAACCGUGUCGCGAAGUGCUGCCAUCGAGAAGCGGCGGAAGGCGAGGGAGGAAGAGCGGGAACGGCUGCUCAAGCUGUACGAGCUGCAGCUUCGGCAGCGCGAGCGUAAUCAGACGGAACCGCUCGUACCACCUCCAACAACUGUUCCAGCCCGGCAGCCGAUGCCUUCAGCACCGUCACUCGUCCGCGCAGCAUGUCAGCGCUACGGCACCUUGACCUUCCUCUUCGCCUCCCGCACGACUCUUCAGAUCGUCGAGGCGCGGCAGUCGACUUCUACAUCAUCCGCAAUACCUCGUCCACCUCAACCGCCGCAUCGACCUGUCGGUCCAACGAGAUUGAGCGCAAGAGGGAGGAAGGCGGUCGAGGACCUGCGCAAGCAGGCGAGUGGGCGAGGGUGGCGGGCCGGUGCGAAGGUGUUGAGCUACAUUCCUCCAUAUGCGGUCGGGUUCUUCUUCUAUGCGUUGACGUCGGGUGACCUGAAGAUCGAGGUGUAG